CUCUCUCCUCCCCCUCUCUUGAUGUGCGUGUAUUGAUGCAGUAUCACGGCUGGUCUCAAGGGUGUAGCUCCGACACUGCAGUGGAAGGUAGGGCUUGGCUGCUGCACUAUACAAUGCGCUGAAAGAUGGUGCACCAGGAGAAAUGUGUUUAUCAGGCCCAGAGAAAUGAGAGGGAGUCCAUUAGGCAGAAGCUGGCCCUUAGCAGUUUCUAUGACGACGGACCAGUUACUUUUACUGGCUGCAGCAAGAACUGCCUGUCCUCACGGCUUCAGAAUGGGGUGAACAUGCAGAUGUGCUUUGUGAAUGACAGCAGCAGUGAUAGGGACAGUGAUGCAGAGGACAGCCGAACAGAGACCAGCUUGGACACUCCGUUGUCACCUAUGAGCAAGCAGAGCUCCUCUCUGUCUGACCGGGACACUGGUGAGGAAGAUCUGGAGUCAGAAGAUUCAGAAUUUUGGCGGCUACAGCGUCGCCUACAGGAAGAGGCGCGUGUUGCUUUGGCUCUGGCUCGUCCGAUGGCUCGCAUGCAAGUGGAGGUAGAGAGACAGAUACAGCUACACCGCAGGUCCCCUGUGGCAGACCUGUUACCACAUCUGCCACAUAUCAGUGAGAGUCUAAUGAAGAGAAAUCUGAGACCCGUGGACCUUAGAGACAUGAGUCUUGGUCAGUUACAGGUCAUUACCAAUGAUCUUCACUCUCAGAUACAAGGUUUGAAUGAGGAGUUGGUGCAGCUUUUGCUCAUGAGAGAUGAACUACACAUGGAGCAGGAUGCCAUGCUGGUUGAUGUUGAGGAUCUAACCAGGCAUGCACAUAGCCAGCAAAGGCACAUGAUGGAGAAGACUCUCUCCAAAGGCAAAGGAGCUUGCCACACUCGUUGUGAUUCUCCAUACUGAGGCAAACCGUGAAGAGCACAUGGCCAACCACUUGUGUUUCUCUAUAUAAUAAAUCUGUGUACUCAAUUUGAUCCCUUUUCAGUCCAACUAGAUGUGUGUGUUUUGCCUUUGUUAGCAUUGUGUGGAUGUAUGUUAACUAACUCUAAGUGUCCAUGCAUGCCUGCACCUUAGCUAAGGGAAACACACAAAAUCAAGACCUCGAUGACCCUUUAGAAUGUAGAAAUGAUGGACUUACUGAAUUAUGGACUUCAUAGGUUGUGAAUCUAUCCGUGGGAUUCUAUCAUUUUGACCGAUUGUAUCUUUUCAGGGUAUUUGUUGAUUCUGAUGUACUGACCAGAAAGUUGGUCACUUAGUAUGGACCUUAAUGUUUGCAAUCGGAAAACAAUAUUAGUACUCUCUGUCAACUAGUUACCUGCUUCUCUGUGCAGAUUUUUGCUGGAUUUGCUUAUUAACCUACCGUAGUUUCCCGUAUUGGGGAUUAAUAAAGUUUACUCACUAUAUAUGCAGUUUUUAUAGCACUGGCUAAUGUGCUGGCUACAGUUAUCCCACCUAUAACAAAGACAACAUUACCAAAACUACUGAAGGGUUUGAAUAUAAACUAUAUGUUAGGGCGAUGUUAAUGUUGUAGUUUUUCCAAUAUUUGUUUGUAAGAAGCUGCCUGGUGUGGUGAUAAUUUUUUCUUGUGUUCUCAAUGAACUAUGAUGUCUGUCUUUUAAGAUAAAGUAGUCUAUUUUACCUACUUUUCAUCCAAGUGUGGCAUUUCCUGUUUCACAGAUGUAAGGAACACAACAUGGUUGAUGCAUCAUGUGCACAGAAAUGGAAAAGGAAAUUAUGAGCAAAUAAAUUACUUACCCAGUAUGA